AUGAACUCAACAGUCGAACAUUGGCAACACCAGUAUGGCGUCGCGGGGUUGUCAAGGCUUCGCACCUGGACCUUUGCGCAAGUUGCCGCCUUCGUCGCAUCCAUCCUCAUAGUGCGCUUCCUCGUGAAGCUCAUCAACCAUCGCCGCAUGUUCCAGCGCCUUCAACGACAAGGCCUGCCAAUGCCUCCUCAUAACUUCUUACUCGGUCACCUAGGGCUUGCGGCUAAGAUUGCGAAAACCCUUCCGAGCGAUUUUCACGGGCACUAUUUGGCGGGCGAAAUCAGGCGAGUGUAUCCUGACCUCCCAGCUGUCUUCUACCUGGACCUGUGGCCGACCGGUCCACCAUUGAUGGUGAUAACGACAAGUCACGAUCAGGCUCGAGUGACGGCGCAUGAGCCGCAACUUCCUAAACACGAGGGCGUGUUGGGAUUCCUGAAGCCUCUCAUCGGAAGCCAUGGUCUCGUCACGAUGGAAGGAGAUGAGUGGCGGUACUGGCGGGGCGUUUUCAAUCCUGGAUUCAACGCGGCGCAUCUUGUGACGCUGGUACCGGGUCUCGUUGAAAAUACACUGGUGUUGCAUGAUAUCCUGCGAGAGAGAGCAGCGGCCGGCGAGAUCUUCUCGUUGUUUGAGACUAUGUCGCGGUUGACUAUGGACAUGAGUUGUCUCGCAACAUUAGGUUCUCGUUUGAACGCCCAGAGGCAGGGCUGUGAUCUUGUGUCAGCAUUUCGCAGUCAAGCCGACUGGAUCCCAUCCCCCAAUGAGACAAAUCUCUUCAGAAAGUUCAACCCGACAAGGCACUUGGUCUAUCGCUACAAUCGAUGGAGGAUGGAUAGGUAUGUCUCGAGCGAGUUGGAGACGCACUUCGCUGCAAUGCGAUCUCAGGCUCAGCUUGGGGAUUCCGGACCCGAGAACACAACGGCAGUCCCAAGAAGAAGCAAGGCUGUUGUCGACCUGGCGCUUGAAACAUAUCUACUCUCGGAGAAGAACAAUGGAAAUUCUGGUCAUAAGAUGACUAUGGAUCCCACAUUCAAGCAAUACGCCGUCUCACAGAUGAAGCUCUUUCUCUUCGCUGGCUAUGACACGACAGCCGCUGCGGUGGUCUAUUCUAUCCAUCUCCUUUCGCUUCACCCAGCUGCCCUAUCAAGAGCGCGCCAAGAGCACAACGAUAUCUUCGGAGCCGACAGCACCGUCAAGGAGACUGGAAAUAGCAUCGCCAAAGCCCCCCAGCUCCUCAAUCGACUGGCAUAUACAUCAGCCGUUAUCAAGGAGGCUCUCCGGCUGUACCCACCCGUGUCCAGUACGCGUGCGUCUGGACCAGGCUUCACGGUAUCGGAAACUGACAAGACGAAUCUUGAAGGCUUCAUGCUUUGGGGUGUGCAUCACGCUAUCCAUCGAGCACCAGAGCACUGGGUGAGGCCGGAUGAGUUUGUCCCGGAACGCUGGCUGGCCUCUCCCGGUGACGAGCUGUACCCCGCGGACAAGGAGGCGUGGCGGCCGUUUGAGCGAGGGCCGCGAAACUGCAUUGGCCAAGAAUUAGCCUUGCUGGAGGUGAAGGUAAUCUUAGCUAUGGUGCUGCGGGACUUUGACUUUGCGGACGCUUACGUCGAGUUCAACAAGACGAUGGGCCGGACGGGUCCCACAGAAGUAGCAGGGGAUCGUGCCUAUCAGAUCAUCCAUGGAAGCACUAAGCCCAACAACGGGUAUCCUUGCAGGAUCAAGCAAGCCACGAGUGUGUCUUAG